AGUACAUUGAGAAGUGCCUAGAGGUCUUGAUUUUCCUUUUUUAAGAGUCUCGUCAUCUCCACACCCCUCAGGACCGUGAUCUUGUGCUUCGGCGUAUUGCAGAGGAUCGUCAGCUACAGCAUGACAAGGAGCAGCUGAUUCCACCACCAGCAAGAAGUGAGAGGCCUGGCAGCCGUGAUCAUGUCACAUCACACAACCACUGUGCUUUAAUGAUUCGUCUUUCUUCUGGACGUUCACUGCGUUUGGAGUUUCCUGCAGACUCUUCUCUGCAAUGUGUAUAUGACCAUAUCAGCAGUCUACAGUCGUCUCUUUCAACCAGCAGCUUGUUGCAGACCUUUCCCACCAGACGCUUCACUGAUGAGGACCUGUCACGUAGUCUUCAGGAACUGGGGCUUACACCUAAUGCCACACUUUGUGUGCAUGCUGUAGACAAACCCAAGCAUGCCCCAGGACUUCCUAUUGCCCCUCAGGAAUCUUUAGCCCAUGAGUCUUUGGACUUGAUGUGUAAUGCCGAGGACCUGAUGAUGCAUGGAGACAGACUAUUACCCAUUUUAAGUUCUCCAGCACAGUCUAUAUCUUACAAUGUCCAGAUGAAAGAGGAACCCACACUGCAACACAGUUGGGGGCGUGGACAAAGACUAGCUUCUCAGGAACAAGGUGGAUUGGAGGUGCCGCAGAGAAUUGUGUCUGAUGGCAGUCAUGAUGCUUUUUCUGGUCAACAUGAACGAUGCUCUGUGUCCCACCAGUGGCCAUCUAAUGGACUCAGACUCAGAUCAAUAGAUCAGAGUAAUGAUCCUUCGUCUGCGGGAUCUGCUUCUCCAGAUCCUCCACGUAUUAUGGCAAGAGUUGCAGCUGAGAUGCGUCAAGAGAGUCCGGAGAGAGCGCCUCUGCCCAGAAUCGCGAGGGUUUCAGCCGUCCCUAACCUGCGGACAUUGUCACUUCGUAGAGCACUGGCUGUCAUUACUGCUCCUAACAUGCAGUAUUCAGGCUCACUGUCCGGCCUCACCCCAGAUCUGGCAGAGAUGAUCAUUGACUACAUGAUCAGGGAAAGAGCUUUGCGGCCAAAAACUCUGGAUCUAUUUACUGGCUGCCCUGUCCGCAGGAUCACUCUAAACUGCUAUCAGUACUGCACAAAUGAUCUCAUCCGACAUCUCCGUGGCUUCCCUGGCCUUCGGACCCUCAGCCUCAGCUCUUGUCAUCUAAUCACAGAUCAGGGUCUUUGCAUUGUACAACAGCUGCACAAGUUACAGCACCUGAAUCUCAGUGCCUGUAGAAACCUCACUGAGUCGUGUCUGUUCCACCUCCGAGGUUUAAAGCAUCUUUCACAUCUUAUCUUGGAUCAGACCAAAGUCAGCGAUAAUGGGAUGAGCGAUUUCCUGAUGAAUGCUUGUUGUCCAUUAACUCACCUGAGUUUCAAUCAGACAGCUGUUACUGAGUGCUCACUCAGCCUGCUGGUACAUCAGACCCCCAAUCUGAGAAUGCUAAGUGUGAAACACACCCAGGUCUCUGAUAUCUCUUCUCUCUGUGGACUGAAACAGCUUACUACCUUACAUAUAGACAAUACUCAAGUUACAGAACCGUCUCUUCAGGCCAUCACCUCACUACCAGCACUCUCAACACUCACACUAUCUGAUGUGCAGUCUCUGAACUCCAAUAGAGUGCUAGAACUUCUCUCUAGUCUGUCACUCACACGCUUGGUUCUUCCUGGAAGGCACAGCCUGUCAGAUGGAGGUCUCGCAUAUCUUUCCCAUCUACCCGGUCUCUUAGAGUUAGACUUGACAGAUCACACUCAGAUUACAGACAGGGGUGUACAACAUAUCUCGGUGCUGACAAGGUUGCGAGUUCUCUCCCUGUGUAACACAUCCGUGUCAGACAUCGGACUGCUCCAUCUACGGGGACUGAAGCUCUUGGAGGAAUUAAGCCUGGACCGAACUAAAGUGACGAGCAGAGGGGUGUCCCAAUGUAUCCCCCAUCUUCCGCACCUGCAGGUCCUUGGUCUGUCUGAUACAAAUGUGGGUGAUAAUGUGCUGAAACUGGGUGUACGGAAUUGCAAAAAUCUUCUCAAACUUAAUCUGAGUCGGACACAUGUCACCAACAAGGGUUUGCGCUUCCUGAAACAGGCGCCGAUUGUGCAGUUAAGUCUGGAUGGUUCGGGAGUCACUCUGCAGGGAGUCUCUGACUUAAUGAACAACUGUACAACCCUCACCAGCGUGAGAGCCAACAAUGUGCGCAUUUUUCCCAGCGACCAGGUCUCGGAAGAGGAGGAUGCCAGCUGAAUGAAACCAUCCCUCUGAUGUCAUCGCGCCCACAAGUGAUGUCAUUUCCAGGGAGUACACAUAUUGUGUCAUUGACUCGCCAUACCUUGAUUAAUAAAAUCCUAAUUACAGUG